UUCAGCAGAAGAUUUAUCGUAUUUAAAUCCACAAUUCGUUUGUGCAUUCUGAUCAUGGUCAACCAUACGUAAGGACAGAGAGAGUUGUAGUUUUCCACCGCACAAUAAAUGCUGGCUCCAAAUAAAAAGUAAAAGUUGUCACCACAACCUACGAUGAAUCUACGGGGGAUGAAAGACUGGCGCCCGGCUGUGUCUGGUUAUGCUUUACUUGGCCUGCUGGUCCUUUUAGUUAAACCACAUUCUUCACAAGGAGCGGUUCCUGAUUUCACCUGCUUCAAUUCAAGACUGUAUGCGUAUGCAGUAGACCAACUUUUCCAUUUCAUUGGUGGCUACAAAAGUGGUGAUGAGACUGACGCAGUUGUAUCCUUUGAGCGUGUUCUGGAUACUGGUAGUGGCAGUAAUCUACCAACUGGAGGAUAUGAAGAAGUUCAUCCAGACCUUUCAGUCAGUGCCAUACGUUAUAUCAUGUAUAACUCUAUUGGGGCAGACAUUUUCGGUGCUUACACCUGUAUCUUCACCUCCUCACAGGACCAAGUCAAGAUAACAACGGUCAUUUUGCUGGAAAACGGUGAUGUAUCUCCAGCUUCAUCCACCUUGACUACGAGUGCUGGAGAGGAUGUGACAUUGACAGUGACACAGCAUUACGGAUUACCGCCUGAGCUUCGAUGGAGACACAAUGGUGAUAACGUCACUGCAUGGAAUGGCCAAUCAAGCAUCAGUAUCCUUAAUGUCCAACUGCAUGAUGCUGGUAUCUACGAAUGUUACAUAGAAGGCAGACAUGAUCAACACAACCAUGCACUUAUGAAUCUCCUUGUAAGGCAUUGCUCUCCCAAUAAAUGGGGUCUAUCUUGCGAUAAUGAUUGUUCGUUUUGCUAUAAUGGCGGUCAGUGUGACGACACGACUGGUGACUGUAUCUGCGCACCAGGAUUUAGCGGCGUCCUUUGUCGAUCAGUGCAUAACAACAACUGUUUUGGUCAAGACUGCGAUAUCCGAUGCACCCACGAUUGGGAUGUAGGUUGCGUCAACAACCUCAUGUGUCUUCCAGAUCCUUUUGGCUGUACGUGCGCUGCUGGUUUCACAGGCAUCAAUUGCGAACAAAAUUGCCCACAUGGUAUGUAUGGUGCAGGUUGCUCUUUGGAAUGUCGCUGUGUAAAUUCAGCUUGUAACAAUACAGUUGGUACAUGCACACCAGACAGUAACUGCAGGUAUCGUUUCACAGGAGUCAAUUGCGAGGACUGUUCCGAUGGGUGGUUUGGAGUCAAUUGUGCCAUGGAGUGUCAUUGUGCUGAUGGUGGAGCUUGUGACAGACUUUCUGGUGCUUGCCGAACUGGUGUUCUUUGUCAAGGAGGAUUUAGAGGUGAAAACUGCCAAAAUUCUUGCCCGUAUGGUCAGAUUGGUAUUAACCCAAACUGCAAAUUAUGUUACGUUCCUGUUUCAGUGAUCUAUCAUGUCAGCUCUGAGCAAUACCCCAGCAGAACCAUUACAUGGAAAGCUCCUCAAAACAAGUGUCCUGUUAUUGACUAUGCGGUACAGUAUCAACUGGUAAAGAGAAUUCUUUGCCAAGAGGAGGCUGGUGAAUUUCAAACCCUACACAACACAACGGAGAGACAGUCUCCAUUAUCACAUCCUGAUUCAUUACCCAAUGCAAUCUAUAAGGUUCGUGUACUUGCCAAGAAUGAGGCAGGGCUUGGAGAAUUUCAAGGGAACAUUUAUAUCGACUACACAACACCGGCAAAGGAACCAACGGGAUCUCCUACAAAUUUCAAGACAACUUCAUCUACGAAGCACAGUGUGGCAUUGAGCUGGAGUGAAAUACCAUGUGGUCAAAGAAAUGGUGUUAUAACGAAAUACAGACUCUCAUACAGGGUGCUGGAAAAACCUUAUGACGCCAACUUCAGUCCAACCAACUCAUUCGAGACGGUUGAUAUAGAACCAUCAGAUAUGCACCGCAACAUAAGUGGUUUAGAACCCUCCACAAAAUAUGAUUUCUUACUGGAAGGUUUCAACAGUGUUGGUGUUGGAGAGAAAACAAUAAUGGACACAUUUACUGCAGUUGAAACAGAUCUUUCUGCUCCGACCCAGCUUUCCAAAAACGAUAUCUCACAUUUGACUUCUUCCACAGUCACUAUUGCUGUGAACCUUCCAUCCUCCUCAAAAUACAUUACAGGCAUUCAAAUCGGUGUGCGCCGUAUACGGACAGUCACUAGAAGGGACACCAUGGGAUCCACUGCACCAGCUAUUGAUUAUGUAGCUGCAGAAAUACAUAAGACUGAUCUCCCUGCAACAUUCACUGUGGGUGACGGAGAAACACUGGGAAAUAACGUGAACAAACCCCUGGAAAGCAACACUCUGUAUGACAUCUACCUAGGAUCAGUCAGUAGGACUUCUCAAUCGACUUAUGCUGUUAAGUGGAGUGAACCGCUCAGAGUUCAAGUUCCGCAAAGUGAAAUUCCACUGGUAGCUGCAAUUGUUGGCCCAUUGAUGUUACUUGUCGUGAUUUGUGUUAUAUCGGCUUUGAUCUUCAAAAAAAGACGGAAGAGAACACUUAACCGUAGCUCAGGGGAAGUAAUUGUUGUUACAGCAGGGAUGCGAGUAUUAAGCAAUGACAACCUUUCUUCAGGACUAGAACAUCCAACGAGUGAUGUUACCUAUGACGUUAUUGCUGAUACCACAAUGAGCACUGCACGAGCCACGGCACCAGCCAUUUCACCAGCCACUUCACCAGCCACUGCACCAGCCACCACACCAGCUACGGCACCAGCCAAUUCACCAGCCACUUCACAAGCCACGGCACCAGCCAAUUCACCAGCCACUUCACCAGCCACGGCAUCAGCCACUGCACCAGCCAGACCGAAGAUCUUGGUUAAGAAGAAACAGUUUACUGCUCCUAUCCCGAUUCUCUUGUCAGAGUUCGACGAUUAUGUCAGCAAAAAGAAGAAGGAAACAUACAAAAAAGGCAAUGGGUUUCUGUUUGAUUAUGAGAAUCUAAACUUGGUCACCAACAUUCCGAACCCUGACAUAUUUAAAGGAGGUUGGCUACCAGACAACGUUAAGAAAAAUAGAUUUCCAGGCAAACUACCAGUUGAUCUGUACCGACCUCAGUUGAUGACAUCAGGAAAACAUGGAUACAACAACCACAUCAAUGCCUGCUUCCUCAAUAGUCCUAGCUACAAGGGACAGUACGUUACUACCUCAAUGCCCUUAUCCCACACCAUCAGUGACAUGUGGAGAAUGGUAUAUGACUACAAGUCAACUUGUAUCGUCAUGUUGAAUACACUAGAGAAAAAAGACCACUAUUGGCCAGAGAGAGACUCUGCAUCAUAUGGCAAUCUGACAGUUACUCUACAGUCUACCGAUAAAGUGGGACCAAACAUCAUCAUACGCUACCUAUACCUGGCCAACAAGGAUAAUCAGGAAUCCCGUCUGAUUUGCCACCUUCAACUCCUGAACUGGCCCGUAGGUGGAAUACCAUCAUCACCCAAAUCCAUCGUGGAAUUGGUUACAGCCGUUAAAGAGUGGCAACUCGAGCAUAAGGAUGACCGAAUUACAAUUCAGUGCAUUGAUGGUGAGGGCGUCAGUGGAACAUUCUGUGCCCUCCUUAACGUCAUAGAGAGACUAGAAGUUGAAAAUAAAGUGGAUGUCUUCCAGACAGUCCAGAAACUCAGAGUCUCUUGUCAUGGAUUGGUGCAGUCACAGGAGCAGUACGAGUUUAUAUACGAGGCCUUACAGAUGUAUUUGGGCGUUAACGCUUUGUACGCAAACCUUUAGACCCCCCCCCCCCCCAUCAACUGGUUCCUUGUGGAAGCUGGUACCAUAACGAUCGGUCAAGGAAUGAUAGAAAGUGGUCUACUUUGUAAGACGAUCGUACUUUUGUUAUUGUUAAUAAAAAGUGUCUUAUUUAUCCGAAAAGUAUUUGAGUUUUUGGGAAGAUGAUAUUGUUUCGACUGGUUUCAUUUAAUAACUGGAUAUGUAUAUUUGCUAUCGGGGGACGUCGUCUGACAGAAACGGUGCACUCUGUUACUUGUCAAUUGGCACAAUGGUUAGACAAAACAAUUCUUGACAAUUUUGAGAAUAAAAUUAUUGUUUCAGUUUGUUUUUAACUCACUACAGGGUCUGAUUUAAUUUAUUUUGUGUACAUUUGAAUAAAAUAAUCUGAAAUAAAUAUCCACAUUUUUCUUUGUAGUUGGGCCUACUCUGACUCGGAUGAACAAUUCAAAGAUUUAUAUUUUAGGAUCCGAGCUGCGUAAUAAUUUGCUGCUUUUGGCACACCCUUCUUGAGAUAUGUUCUGUAUCUGACCUGAAUACCAAUGAGGUCAAACUCAGGAACUCUACGCGUGAGCAGAAUAACGCAACUGAAUGUACAAUCAUUCUAUCAGACUCUAACUGUAUUUGCAUUGAUUAAUUUUUGCUUUUAGAAAGUAGGACACAUAGACUUUAGGCCUACUAUUUAAUCAAACAAAUUAAUUUGUAAAUAGCUGUGUCUUGCAAUUCUCAUGCAUUACACUUUGUGUGGAUUUAAUUGUUGGAAGUAAAUUAAAAGACUAAUUUUAAUUUUGUUUAAUUUUAGCAUUUUUAAAGAAUGAAUAACAUUUAAAGAAUAUACAUGUAUUUAGUUUAUUAUUAUGAAACAUAUCAUACUGUCUGUUUUCAUAACUUUAUCCUUGAUUUGACUGAAAGUUAUCAUGUGAGUAUUUCGAUCACUGUGCAGAACGUUUUCUUUAAUUGUAUGUAUAUUAUUAUGCAAAAAUAAAAUAAGCUUAUGCAUUUAUUUGAUAUGCCUUCAAAAAUAAUGUAUUAAUUCAAAUGCAACACAGGAGUACUUGAAAGAAAAUUGUUGUACUGAAAACGAAUCUGAAUUAACGAUGAAAUUGAUGGUUAUAUUAAAACACUCAGAAAACAUAUUUUGUUGCAUUAUUUUUUAGGAAUGCUGUAUACACAAUUUCAAUGCAUUUACCAAGGGUUUAAGCCUACGCCCCAGUUUUAUAAAGCCGUUUGUCGGUAGUGUUUUUUUGACACACAUCAUUUGUAUGGAAGUGACAAUUUUAACAAGCAAUCACUUCACUUAACAGUGGUUACCAGGUGAUGUCCACUUACCAAAUGAACGUUAACGUCACCACUUCACUUAACAGUGGUUACCAGGUGAUGUCCACUAACCAAAUGAACGUUAACGUCACCACUUCACUUAACAGUGGUUACCAGGUGAUGUCCACUAACCAAAUGAACGUUAACGUCACCACUUCACUUAACAGUGGUUACCAGGUGAUGUCCACUAACCAAAUGAACGUUAACGUCACCACUUCACUUAACAGUGGUUACCAGGUGAUGUCCACUAACCAAAUGAACGUUAACGUCACCACUUCACUUAACAGUGGUUACCAGGUGAUGUCCACUAACCAAAUGAACGUUAACGUCACCACUUUACUUAACAGUGGUUACCAGGUGAUGUCCACUAACCAAAUAAACGUUAACGUCACCACUUCACUUAACAGUGGUUACCAGGUGAUGUCCACUAACCAAAUGAACGUUAACGUCACCACUUCACUUAACAGUGGUUACCAGGUGAUGUCCACUAACCAAAUGAACGUUAACGUCACCACUUCACUUAACAGUGGUUACCAGGUGAUGUCCACUAACCAAAUGAACGUUAACGUCACCACUUCACUUAACAGUGGUUACCAGGUGAUGUCCACUAACCAAAUGAACGUUAACGUCACCACUUCACUUAACAGUGGUUACCAGGUGAUGUCCACUAACCAAAUGAACGUUAACGUCAUCACAUUAUGCCCUCCCUCUUCAUUAAAAAAAAUGCUAAAUUUCAAUUCAGAACCGUUUGUAAUGAUUUUGUUUUAGAUAUAGGCCUACUAUGUUCAGUUUAACUUUUUGUAACUUAUAACAAUCUUGAAUUUGAACUGUAUCAGCAAUUGUCGUAAAUAAUAAAUGUCUGCUAAUUGUA